CAUCUGCCCGCGUCCCGCGCACCACGUCAUCGAAACCGAACUGAUCCCAGGCGGAGGAGGGCGCAUUUCUGGCGCAAGCGGGCACUAUGGACUACAGCUCAUCGAUACACGACCCGGACCACCCGGCCGAGGCCUCGCCCUGGGGCAAUUCGCCAAGCUCGUCGCCCCGGCACAACCGCACCAGCUACGGUCCCCUCGCAGGCGAGCCCCCGGCUUCCCCGUUCCGCUAUCCCGUCUCGAACAACGGCCUCAACGACGAAGGCGGCUUCGGCGCAAGCGACACCGAGUACCGGCGGCCAGACACCGCAAGCACCGUCUCGCAGGCCACCGAGCCGGCGUCUGGGGAGCCAGCUCCCGUCGAGCCGUACCCCGAACAGCAGGGCUUUGCUGGGGAGCAGGGGCCGCUAUCGCCGCAGCCAGAGUCGCAGCCGCAGCCGCAUCACGAUGAGCAGCACCAGCAAGCGCCAAAGCCCGCACCGGGCCAGGCGCAGCGCUCGCAAGAACAACAGCAGCAGCAGCGGCAGCAGCAGCCUCGGAAACCGCCACCCCCGCAAUUCAAGCUGCAGGCUAAGAUUACUGGGCUUGAGCGCACCGGACGGAAGGACCCCAUCUUGAGGUUCGAUGUACACACAAAUUUGCCCGCCUUCAGGACCACGCAAUACCGCGAUGUGCGCCGCCUGCACUCCGAGUUCAUCAAGCUCGCCGAACACCUGAUCUCGGCGAACCCCGACGCCAUCGUCCCCGCGGUGCCGCCGGCGCUGACAUCGGCCGGUGCUGGCACCGAGGAGGACGAGGUGCGAGUCAAGGCGCUCAUGCAGCGCUGGUUCAACUACGUGUGCAGCAACGAGGUGCUGAUGCGCGACGACGAGAUGGUGCUCUUCGUCGAGAGCGACUUCGGCUACAGCCCCAUGGUCAAGAAGAAGCAGCCCGCCACGGGCGUGCGGCGCAAGAUCCUCAAGCAGUUCGCCCCGCCGCCAGAUGACACGCCCGAGCUGCAGGAAGCCCGACCCGUGGUCAAGCUGUUCUACUUGGGCGCCAUGGAUGCCGGGCACAAGGUGGACAAACUCGUCAAGUCACGCAGAGGCCUCGGUCUCGCCGAAUCCGACUUCGGCGUCAAGCUCGGCCAGAUGAACGUCCAAGAACCGCACCCGGGCCUCGCCAACGCCUACCGCAAGCUCGGCAAGAUCAUCCAGACGGUCGGCGACUACCACGCGGCGCAGGCGACCGCCGAGGCCACGACCAUCGGCGACCCGCUCCAGUACCACUCGCAAGACGCCUUCAUCGUCAAGGAGACGCUCACGAACCGGCAGAUCCUGAUCCGCGAGUUCCUGCAGGCGCAGGAGACCACGCGCAGCCGGCUCAACGCGGCCGACCGGCUCAAGGCGUCGUCCAACGUGCGGCGCGAGAAGGUGGACGAGGCGAUCGCGGCGCUGGACGAGGCGCGGCACGCCGAGUCGGCGCUGCACCAGAAGACGGCGCGGGUGACGCAGAACCUGGUGCACGAGCGGCGCCGCUGGGCCGCCCGCACCGCCGCCGACCUGCGCCUCAGCGUGCGCGAGUUCGUGCUGCGCGAGAUCGAGGCCGAGCGCCGCACCCUCGCCCUGCUCGAGUCCGUCCGCCCGGACAUCCGCUCCAUCGACGCCAGCGGCGGCCUCAGCCGCCUCGGCCGCGAGGCCCACCCGCCCCCCGCCGUCGCCGCCGCCCGCCGCUCCAGCCUCGCCGCCAGCCAGGGCCCCAAGGGCGACGCCUGGAGCGGCGUGCCCCGCCGCUCCGCCGACGUCCUCGCCCGCAGCGUGUCCGGCAGCCUGGUGGCCACCGCCGUCGCCGAGGCGGUCGGCGAGGAGGGCGGGCUGGAGGGCCCCGGCGCCGACGCCGCCGCGGCCGCGCACGGCGGGGCUGUCGGCGCCGGCGUCGGCCCGGGAGGCAGGAUGCCCGGCCUGCUGGAGGAGGAUGAUGAGGAUCGCAUCGACGCGCGGAAUGCCGCGAGUCGUCUCGCCGCUAGCACGUUCUAACUAACACCCGUAGCGCUCGCGGUCCGCGGUCCGGGUCUGGGGGAUGGGGGAUGGGGGAUGGGGGAUGGGGGAUGGGGGUUAGGUUGUUGCUUGGGCUACGAGAGCUACAGUAUGUGGGGGACAGCAGCAGCAGCAGCAGCAGCAGCAGCAGCGGCAGGAAGACGGGGCUGUUAGCGAAGGGCAUUGAUGUAUGUAUGUACGGAGAUGGUUUACGGGCUAUCUUUAUGGUUAACGUGCCCUUGAGGCCACAACAUGAUUGUGAUUCUUGCUUGCAUGCAUGGCGGCGUCUGUUGACUG